AUGCCAUGUAUGUAUUUUUCAGGGGUUGAUAGCAGUGCUAUCACCAUCGAUGAUCCUAGCAACCAUUGCAUUAUAAUAAAUCCAGAACUAUAUGGUAGAGUCCACAAUAACAAGGAAGAAAAUGCAAGAAUUUUUUUGGAUACUCACUUAUUAAGGAUUCGAAGUAAAAGAAGAGAGCGAAAACCCUCCUCAGGGAGAUUAGUGCCCAAGAGUAAGGCAUCCAUAGACGUAGGGAAUAGGCCUUCUAUGUCUAUUCUUGCGUAUACCAGCCGUGGGUUAGUUACUGCGGAAUUCAGGGAAAUGAGUAGUGAUGAAUUCAAAGGUACCUACCUUGCCCCGCUUGAUAAUGCUCUUAGAGAAUCAGGUAUCAGGAGUCGACUUUUAGCAGAAGACUAUCGUUAUUCAUUCGGAGAUGCAAUGCAUGUGGAACAAGCUAUCCAGCAGUACUUUAAUGGGAAAAUAGCUGAUCAACUUAAUGAUCUUUUUCACGACGUUGGUGAUAUAGACAACUAUUUUGGAAGUCCAUCAAUAAUAAGACCGCCAUUGGAUCAACGAAGAAUAGUACAACCUGAUAUCAUUCAUAUGAUAAAUAAAUCGGAUUCAGAUAUACAAGAUCCCGAAGUUGUUUUCGGGAUAGGUGAUUACAAAACGGGAAUCUAUAAGAUGACAGAAGGAUUUGAAGAAUUGAAGGCAGCUAUAGAGAGUCAAAUCGAGAAUUUGCUGAACCAAAGAAGAUUGAGGCUGCAAUCCAGUGUGAACUUUUUUCCAGAUAGGGAGUGGACGCCUAGGGUAUUAUUUGCUUUGGUUUUAAGGAAGUAUAUAUAUCAAGCUUUCCUCUGUGGAACCGACAGGAUUUUUAUUUCAGAUCACCAAACAUUCUCAGGGUUCUUUAAGUAUGAAAUUAUGGAUGACAAGAUGUCUAUAGACUACUAUGUCAUUAAUGAUCCAGAAACUGUUGAGCAUGGCAUUACUUUGAGGUCGGCAAUAGCCGGAUUUUUCUAUAAGAAUGAGGAUGAUGCGAUUGAUACAAAGGGCAGGUUGAAGAAAACUUUCGAAGUGGCCAGGAAAACUGAAGAACUGGAUCCGUUUUUGAAUGUUUUGCCUAAAACUUCUUAUGGAUCUCCAGGAAAAUUAUCGGAUAGUGGGAUUUCAAGUAAGUUAGCAAGUAAGUUAGAUCCGGUAAAAGAAAACGACGAUAGUGAUAACUUUGAUAACUUUGAUGGCAUUGAUGGUAACACAUAUUGUCGAGUUAUAUACGAUGCUGCAGAGUUUUAUCCUGAUUUGAAACUCCCAUCCCCUGUUUUUGUCAAAUUAUACUAUUAUUCUAGUCGGUUGUGGGAAGAGAAUGAUUUGAUAUGUUUGGAGAUACCAGAGAAAAAGGGCUACUAUGGCAUGUUCUUCAAUGAACUUGUAAUCAACGAAAAAAUUGCUAGUUCUCAAUUUGCUUCUAAUUUCCCAAAGCUCCUAGUCUCAGGUUACUGGAACGGGCUUUCUGAUCAUCCGAUGCAUAUAUUUGAAUACCUAGGGAAGGAGGUCCCAGAAGAAAAGUGGAAUAACAAAGAAGUGUACAAAGUUAUCAAGUCAAGACUCGAAGAGCUUCAUCUGAUAGGAAUCUCGCAUAAUGAUAUUAGGCUAGCCAACAUUCAUGUGUCUGUUUCUGGUAAGAUAUCUUUGAUAGAUUUUGGAUUAUCGGACUGCACAAAUAAUGAAGAACACAAGAAGAAUGAUUUUGAGACUCUUGACUACAUAUUGAGAGCAAAUGGUUCUAAUGACUGUUAUAAGCAUGCCAAUCGAUUUAAUAGCGAAGCUAUAUCUGCUGAUAGAGCAGACGAAGAUGACAAAUAUGGAAAUGAUAGUAAUUCUUCUAGUGAAGAAGUAUUUGAUGAAAGGAGUUCAGGAACUUUUGGUACCCGAACAACGAUAGAAGAUAUUGCUUCAAAGUCAUCACAAAGAUAA